AUGUCGAAGCGAAUACGUCAAGAAAAUUUUGUGAAUGGUGAUAAAGGAAAUGUUAAAUCAACAAAUAAUCAAUGGAGCAAGCCGAAAACUCGUCUGCCUGCACGUUGGCUUUAUUGUCCGCCUAUGGGAAAGGUUGUAGCAAGAAAAUUUCUUCCAAUGAAAACUCCUUUGGAUACUUCCUACGACCAUUUAAUUGAAUCCCCAAAAUAUUAUUUUCAUCCAGACAUGGUUUUUCGCACUCCUUUGCGUGAUGUUAAUUCUGGUGCUCAAAUUUUGUUAUGGAUUGAUUUAACAAAUUCUACUAGUUUCUAUCAACCUAGCGAGAUUCCACCUCCUUGUAAAUACGAGAAAAUUAAAAUGGUUGGGCAUGGAGAAGCACCUUCUGUUGAACAAACUGAUAGGUUUAUUGGAAUUGUUGACAAAUUUUUUGAGGAACAUCCAAAUGAUAUUGUUGUUGUUCACUGCACACAUGGAUUUAAUCGUACUGGUUUUUUAAUUGCUUCUUAUUUAUUUAAACGAGAUGGAUUAAGUAUUGAAAUGGCAGUUCAAGAAUUUGCUUCUUGUCGACCUAUGGGAAUUUACAAACAAUUAUAUUUGGAUGAAUUACAUCAAAGAUUUGGGGAUGAAGAUGAUGAAAAAAUUGAGGAAUUUACAAUGGAUGGAAUUUUUACAAUUGGGGAAGAAAAAGAAUUAAAUAGUAGUAAUGGACAUCAACAACAAAAUGAUUUAUCAAUUUCUCCAAGCACUUCCAAUUUAAAUAUUGACAAUUUAGUAUUUAAUUCAAAUUCAUCUUCUCCAGGUAAAAAAGCAAAAACAGCCCCUUUAUUUAUGGAUGGAAGAGUACCCAAUGUAAAUUUUGUUGAUGAUCCUGAUUUACGUAAAAGUGUUCAAAAUCAGGCUAUCAAUUAUUGUGGAUAUAAGGGGAAAGGAUUUCCUGGAAGUCAACCAGUUUCAUUGGAAGGUCCAUAUGGUACUAAUAAUAUUCAAUUUCUUGCUAUGGAACCUUAUAUGGUUUCAUGGAAGGCUGAUGGUGUUAGAUAUUUGGUACUUAUUGACGGACCUAAUCGUGUAUUUGCUUUUGAUCGUGAUAAUAAUCCUUUUCAAAUAAAUAAUGUUACUUUUCUCAAUGCAAAAGCAAAAUGUCUUUCACAUUUAAAAUGCCCAAUUUCUGAUGAAGAUUAUUUAAAAGAAACUCUUGUUGAUGCUGAAAUGGUUAUUGAUACAUUUGAAGGGAAAGAAAUACCUCGUUUACUUAUUUAUGAUUUAAUUUAUUUUAAUAAUUUUAAUAUGAAGAAAGAAAAAUUCAGUGUCCGAUUUGAAGCAAUUGAAAAAGAAUUAAUUAGCCCGCGAAUAGAAGCUUUUAAGGCUGGUAUAAUUAAUAGAAAUUCUGAGCCUAUAGGUGUUCGCAGAAAAAGUUUUUGGCCUAUCGAAUCGACUUAUAAAUUAUUUCAACCUGGAUUUUUGGGAGCAGUGACCAGUUGCCAUGAAAUUGAUGGAAUUGUAUUUCAGCCAGUUAAUCGACAUUAUGAAUCUGGUCGUUUUAAUUAUUUAUUGAAAUGGAAACCACCAGAAUUAUCAACAAUUGAUUUUCGUUUAGAAAUUAAAAAGAUUCAGCGUCCUGGAGAAUUAACUCAAUGGGUUGGGGAUUUACACGUUUUACAUUUGGAUAGACCUUUUGGACGUUUACUUAAAGUAACUAAUCAAAUGAGGCAAUAUGACAAGAAAAUUAUUGAAUGCAAAUUUGUGAGAGAUAAAGGUGUUUGUGGUUGGGAAUUUAUGCGUGAACGUACAGAUAAAAGCCAUCCAAAUGCUCUUUCAACAGCAGAAUCUGUUUUAAAUACAAUAAAAUACCCAAUUAAUAGAGAUAAUAUUUUAAAUUUUAUUCAUUCUUUUAUUACAAAAAAGAGACAGGAACAACAACAAAAACAUGAAAAUGUUCAUUAA